AUGCGCACUUGGACAAAGAUAAACAAGUUCUCUCUUGGUUCAGCACUGACUUCAUUUACCAAAUCAUACCCGGAUAGCGCUCUGAACCGGAUCAGGUCCAUGUUCAAAUCCAUAAAGAAAAAGUUAAAUGUCACCUCAGAUGAUCCCACUUACACGGUCGUAUAUUUAGGAAAUUCUACCACCAUUCAGUCAAAAGGAGAGGGAUGCACGGAUGUGGCCAUCAAUAAAAUCUGGAAUAAAAGCAAGAUGGGCAAAAACGGCAGCAAAAUGCAUCUGACCAUCAGCGCUGAGGGAAUACGCAUGGUCCACUCUGAUGAGAAGUCCAAGAAACCAGGACAUCUGUACUUACUUCACCAAAUCAUUUACUGCAUAGCCAAUCCGAGGCUUCCCAAUAUCUUUGUGUGGAUUUACAGACACGAGAUGAAGCAUAAAUCGGUGAUGCUGAGAUGUCAUGCAAUCCUGGUGUCCAAACCUGAGAAGGCGAAAGCGAUGGCACUUCUGCUCUAUCAGACCUCAAGCACAGCGCUGUGCGAGUUUCAGAGACUCAAACGAAGAGAAGAUGCCAGACAUCAGCAACAGAACUUCAUAGGAGAGCAAACUGUUCCUCUGGUGCCAAAGAGGAAGAUGAUGAACAUGUACAAACCUCCAGUGGAGCGUAGCAGAAGUGCUCCUAAACUCCACUCCAUCACCGAAGACCUGAUUGGGGAAAGGGAGGAGGAGAGGGCCAUGCUCUUUGAGGAGUUUCUGGAUGAUGGCAGUUUUGAGGGCAGCAAAGAGGAAUUAUGCCUCAUAAUCAGUGAACUUGGAGAACUGUCAAUAGGAAUUGAUGUGAAGUGGCUGUGUGGAGAGGGCACUGGCAGCGAAUCAUCCAUAGACAGUAAUAUAGAGUUGAGCUCUGGGACUGAUUCAGAUGAGUUCACAGAUGGCAAACAUUGUUUACCUCCUUUGAAACAAUUGUUGGAUUGA